AUGUCUGCGCCUCAGGACGACAAGGCGACCGCAGCAACGGCCGCCGUGGCGGCCCCGCCCCGCCGUGGGCACGAGGUUGUUGACGGCACAGGGCGGCGCCUGUCCUACCUCGUGUACGGCCAGCAGGACCUGCAGAAGGCCAAGGCCGUCCUGCUCUUCCUGCACGGCGUGCCAGCCUCGGCGUGCGAGGCGGCCACGCUGGAUCGAGCCGCCGCCGAGGCCGGCAUGGCGGUGGUGUCGGUGGACCGCCCAGGCGUGGGCGAGUCGUCACCCCACACCGUGCACAGCCUGGCCUCUUUCGCCGUCGACCUGGGCAGCCUGCUUGAUGCGCUGGGCCUGCAGGGGGUGGCACUCGCCGGGGAGAGCGGCGGCAGGCCCUACGCAGCAGCCGCGGCGGCGCUGCUGGGCCCCACCCAGGUUUUCCCGCUGCCCCUUGUUAACGCCGUGGGCCCCCUGGGAGGUGGGCUGCUGGACCCCCUACCCCAAGGGGAGGGCCAGGACGCCCUCAAAUUUGUGGGCUGGCGCCAUGCGGGGGUGGCCAUGCCCGUUGCACCGCUGGUCAAACACAAGCCCGAGGUGGUCAUCAGGGAGGCUGGCAAUGACAUGGGCCCCGCCGACAGGCAGGUGCUGGAGUCCAGCCCCCAGAUGGGGCAGAUGAUGGUGGAGAUGGUUCGGGGCGCCUACCGCCAGGGUGUGGGCGCUGUGCUGGACGAGUAUGAUGUGCUGCGCUUGCCGUGGGCGGGCGUCGACCUGGGCAAGAUCCAGUGCAAGACCACGGUGUGGCAUGGCACGCUGGACUGCUGCGUGCCGUCCUCACAUGGGGAGUGGUACGCGCAGGCCAUCCAGGGCAGCACGCUGAAGCUGGUCGAGGGGGAAGGCCACACAACCAUCUCGGUGCGGCGCGGGCGGGAGAUCAUUGCGGCUGUGCUGGAGGGGGCGUGA